CAGAAACCGAAGCAGCCAUUGGCUCGCCUAAGGUGCCUUGCAGGGGUUUCGUCGAUCUGCGCCAGGCUGCCCUUCAUCCUAAACGUCACAGCUGAGCCUUCAUACACCACCAAAAAUGCCUUUUGUUUGGUCCUUUGUACUCUUGUUUUGUCUUCCAACCAAUUCGUCGCCAUCCCUUCCAGGGUUCCUCUACAUUACCGCUACGUACGAACUCUCCCCGACAUGCUCGCUUCUGCGGCCAACAGAUAGAAUCCCAGCACUUCCGACAGCCUCAGCCUCAAUUUUUGGGCAACCCCAAUCAACCCAACGCCAUGGGGCUGCUCGUCGAGUAUGGGCAUUACAUCCUUGCUGCCGCAGUCCUGGCCAUUCUCGUUCGCGCCGUAUCCGCCUCCCGCAGAUCCAUCAGAAGAAACGGGAAACCAUUGAGAAACCCCCCAGACACUCUCCCGUUACUCGGGAACGGCCUCAAGUUCCUCCAGUCCCGCUGGGAGCUGUUCGGCUGGUUCGACAGAUGCCAGCGCCAGUUCGGUUACGAGACGGUCGCUCUGCACGUACCAACCCUGCCUCCGGGAGUGCUCAUACAUGACCCUCGGAACCUCGAUUUCGUCUUCAAGAGCGAGGGGCUGUUCACCAAGGGCGAUUUUGUGAAGCGGCGCUCGUGGGACUUGUUCGGAAACGGCAUCAUCAAUGCCGAUGGAGAUUUAUGGAAGCUGCAGCGAAAAGCAGGCUCUGCUUUCCUCAACACCGCCAACCUGAGGGUGCUCACCGAAGUCGCGCUUCCUCAGUACCUGGCAGAGGCGGUCAGGCACCUGCGAUCCAACGUCGGCAAGGAUCCUGUAGACUUACAAAAUGUCUUCCACGAGAUUACCACCAAACUGAUGGGAAAGAUGGCCUACAACAUGGAGAUGCACGCCGACGAUGACUUUUCCAAGUGCUUCGACUACGCUUCCGGUGCCACAGCAGAGCGAUUCCAAAAUCCCCUAUGGCCUAUCAAGGAGCUGUUUGCCGGGUCCGAGAUGCGCAAGUCGAUAAGAGUGGUCAAAGAUUUUGGUCGUCGCAUUGUCACGAGUGCGGUACGGGACCGAAAUGAGUUGAAAUCCAAGAGAGAAAAAACGGCCGACUCUCCAGACGGGGACAGCAAGCUUGACCAGAUCUCAGGCUCCCUGAUCCAGUCGCUCCUCGAAGCGCUCGGCGACGAGCAGAUCGUCGCCGACGCCGCCCUGACCUACCUCUCCGCCGGCCGGGACACCACAGGCCAAGCCCUCACCUGGACCUUCUAUCUCCUCCUCCAGCAUCCGUCAGCCGUGUCCAAGAUCCGGCAGGAAGUCCAAGAUCUCCUGUCUCAACAUGCCGCCGCCGAGGCGGAGGAGGAGGACCCGCCACAUCCAACUAAUAGUUCUCCUCCCACAUCAGCAUCUGCGCCGAAACCGGAAGUGGAUCCAACCCUCUUCACGCCCGCGGCGCUCCCCUACACGACGGCCGUCUUCUACGAGGCCCUCCGCCUCUUCCCGCCCAUCCCCUUCGAGAUCCGCCAGGCCCAGGCCGACACCACCCUGCCCGACGGCACCUUCCUGCCCAAGCACUCGGUGCUGGUCUGGUGCCUGUGGGCGAUGCAUCGCUCGCGCCUGACAUGGGGCCCCGACGCGGACGAGUUCCGCCCGGAACGCUUCCUCACCCGAGAAGACGGAGAUGCGAAAGAAGGCGAAGUAGUAGAGAAGGAAGAGGAAAUAGAAGAAGAAGAAGAUGAUGAUGAUGAUGAUGAUGAUGAUAAAACAAAACAGGAACGGAAGAUCGGGAGGGAGAAAGAAGAAGUAAUAGCAGCUGCGGGGAGGGCUCGUCGGACAACAAAGUUCACGCUGGGCAAGAGCUCGGCCGAGUUCCCCGUCUUCUACGGCGGGGCGCGGGCGUGCCUGGGCCGCAAGAUGGCCGAGGCCAUAGCCGUCCAGGUCAUCCCCACCGUCUUGGUCGCGGCGGGGGUGCGGCUGGAGGGCGCUUGGGAAGGCGAGAGGAGGAGCCAGCUGAGCCUCACUCUGCCCAUGGAAGGGGGCUUACCUGUCCGGGUUGUGAGGAUGGGGGAUGGUGGUGAGAAGAAGGUGGGAGCACAUGAUGGCAAUGAUAGUUCAUGACGAUUAUUAAUUAUGAGGUGUUGAAAUAGCAAGGCGCGUGAUAUAGAUGUAGGUCUGCGUUCUUUUAUGUUCCACAGUGGGCUUAUAUUAGAUCACGGUGUUUUCCUGGGUUCGUCGAGCCUGUCGGAUUAUCGAAUUACCAGGUCGGGAGAGUUGGGGAUGUGCCUUGUGACGUUCACGGCCCGUGGCCUGCCUCAUCUCUGCCUGAUAAUACGGAAUAACCAACUUGCUUCCCAUUU